AUGCAAAGCCACAACACCGUGGCCUUGGGGCCUGGCGUUCAUCUCCUCUCGCCGUCUGAUCUCGCCCUCCUUCUUGACCCCACCCGGCUCGCGUCGUUGCCCAGUCUCUACAACAAACACAACGUCCGGCAGCUCAAGCAGUCGCUGUGCCACUUGCGUGACCAAGGUGCCCUCAAGCGGAUCGACUCGCUGCAGCUUGCCACGAGGCGACCGUUUUGUCUCUACCCUUCCAUAGUGCGGCUUUUGCUGACCUACGUGGCUGGGAUCGAUCCAUUCGUGGAUGAAUCCACGGGCCAGAUCACCUCUAUCGGGAACGAAGUGCUUGCACAUCUCGAUGAGGUGCCCAAGCAAGCAAUCCUUCUUCCCUUGAGCGUAGCCAGCCUGCACAUGGAGCUCCAUGCGGCAUCCACUCUACCGCUGGUGGACAAGGCCCCCGUUUUGUUGCCUCUGGCUGGCCACCCCAAGCUUGCCACCUCCGAUCCAAAUGGUCGAAUCAACGCUAUCGCAAACGCGCUCAAGGAAGCCCAGGCUGCAGACGAUGUCGAACUGCAGCGCAGGACUGAUUUCGAGACUGCGCGCAAGUCCAUCCUCGCCCGAACGGAAGGCGAUUGGCUUCAGGACUUGUACGAUCUUUGGCAAGCGGAGAUCGAGGCUCUACGUCAGCACUCCAGCUUCGCGCCCCAAAGCAUCACGGCUGGCGAGCGAACCCUGGUCCUUGACCCCGAGGCCUUCGUGCUGCUUCGGGCGCUUCUCGACUUCUACAAGUUCACGCCCGGCACCGCCACGUCCAAUCAUGGGCUGGCGGCCACCAAGGGCUACCUGCGCUACCUGGUGCAGACGAGCAGCUCGAGCCUUCCCGAGCCCGUGCAACGACGCGCCGUGGAAGCACUCGACAAGUUUAGGCGGCAGUUCGAACAGCAGCUGCAUUGCCGUACCGAGGCGCACACGUGGCACGUGCUGGCACUUCUGGAGGAGCUCAUGUACGAUGCAGCUUCCAUCUCACAGAGGCCCAAGACCGACGCUACCCAGGCCGCCUUGAGGGUCUACACCGAGGCAGAGGAGGCCCUGGGCGAGCUGCCUGCGGAGCACAUCUUCAACGUCGCGCUGCUGCACAUGAUCCUCUCACCCACUGAUGCUAACACGUCUCGAUCAGUGUUCAACGAUGCGCUCCAGCAGGCCAUUCCUCCUCUCACCUCCUUCUUCCCUUCCGAUGCCGCUCUCGAGCGAGCCUUCGAAUUAUGGUCGCUCUUCGCCAAGUUCGAGACCCACAUCCGACAGUACCGCCAGGCAGUCACCGUCUACGAGCGCGCAAUCGUAGCGAUUGAGCCGCGUCUGUGGCGCGAGUACGCAUAUUUCUCCAUUCAACGGAAGCGCCACGCCAACGUGCCCAAGAUCUACCAGCGCGCUGUGUGGCAGGUCAAGGACGAGGAGAAGGAGGCCAUGCUGCAGGAGUACCUGGCGUUCGAGCGGGAGUUCGGCGGGAAGCCCGAACUCACGCUCGCGGAGUUGAGGGAAACGACGCUGGAAAGCGCACCCCCGGGCACAAUUUUGCAAAUGCCGCAGCAUGCAGAGAACACCGAAUAUGGAGAGGCCGAAGAUGCAGAUGACCAGCCAGACCAGGCGACGGACGCUGGCGAUGGCGAGGGCGAGGGCGACGACCAGGCCACCGAUUUGGCUUCGGAGUCCACAGCGUCCGAUCUGGUCGACGGCAUGGAAGAGGAGGAGGGUAGGGAAGAUGACAAUGACGUGGAAGAGGAGGAGGAGGACGUCUUCGCUGCCGCCGACAACAACGAAGGAGACGAUGACGCCGACAGCGAGCAAAACGAACAGCAAGAGCGAAGAGAAAAGAAAAGGGACAGAGACGAAUUCGCUGCGAAUGGCGGUGUGAUGGAGACCACCACCGGCGAUGAUCCAAAGACGCAAGGGCCGGGCGGCGGAGAAGAAGCGCAGCUGCAGAGUAACGGCAAUGGUGACGCGACGAGAGGCGACGAAGAGGCGGAAGGCGGAGGAAGCUCGCCCAAACGACAGCGAGUGGACGACGCUGCGGAAGAGGAACAGCCGCAGAACCCCGCGACAGAUGCCCCCACGUCGAUUUCGGACCUGCUCAGCGCGAUGCCCAACCUAGCGGACUUCAUGCAGAUGGUGAGCAGCGUGCGGGAGGAGGCCACUACUGCCGCCGCCGCCGCCGGAUCGGCGCACCAGCACCAGCAACUGGAGCCGCAACCGCUGCUGCCACCGCCUGCCGUCGCCAGCAACGCGGCGGCUGUCGGCGCACCAUCAGGGACUCCAGCGACCAACGGCGUUUCGGAUUCGAAUUAUGCCAAGGCGCCGAGCGGGGAGCCGGGCGCCGGCGGUGCUGAUCCGCAAGCGAUCCCAACGAUCGACGAAACGACCGGUGCUGAGCUGCCCCUGAGCCUUAUCGAGCAGUUGGUGACGGCCAUAACCGACCCCGUGAUUGUUGAAAUCGUCCGCUCGCUGGAGAAGAUUCAGAUCCUCAAAGAGCAAGACUUGGCAAAUCGGAGGCGGGAAAUGAAGCAAGCCCACGAACAGACGCUGUCCCAAUUGAAGCAGCAGCACACGCAACACUUUGCGGAGGCCCAGACGCCCGAGCAGAAGAGUGCGGCGCUCCAGCGGUUUGUGAAGGAGCUCCACGCCAUGGAGGCCGCGCAGACAGAAGAGACCAAGUGGUUUGAUGGUAUGGUCCUCAAGGAGUUCGACAAGAAGAUCACCGAACAGCAGACCAUCCUCCAACAGGCGAGCGUGCCGGGCUUCUCCCCUACGGCGGACCCGGCCGAGAUGCAACGCCAGGCUCGAGUGCUGGAGCUCAUACUCGCCCUCGGCGGAGGCCCGCAGCUGCCGUCCGCCCAGCUUGCCCCAGCCCCCGUGGCCCAGGCGCCGCCAGCCGCCAUGGCAGCAGCUGCGGCCACGCAGCCCCUCUCGCCGCCACCAAGCGCGAGCUCGGCCCCCUUGGCGCCACCGCAGUCUGCUCCGGCAGCCGUCACUGGUCCACUGUCUCCUCCCGUGACCCCGGUGGUUGCGGCGGCCGCGCCUGUCACUGCCCCGACGAGCGCACCAGCACCUGCGGUCCCGCCCGCGACAGUGCCCGCAAUCGCAGGGCUUCCUCCGCCGCCUUCUGCGCCGGGGUACGCUCCUGCCCCCGGCUCGGCCCCACCGGCGGCCACGUCAGCGCCUGCUCCCGGCGGCGCCUACCUUGCCUCUCCGCCCUCGUCAGCCACCGGUCUCGGUCAGCUGCCACAGCAGCCACAGCAUCCGCAGCUCCACCAGCCGCCGCAGCUGCUCCCGCCGGCCCUGGCCACAGCGGCGCCGACUGAUGCUCUGGCCUCGCUCUCGUCGCUUCUGUCCUCGCUGGUCACCGCCACCCAUCAGCAGCAGCAGCCGCAGUACCAGCAGCCGCCGCCUCAGUACCAGCAGCAGCAGCCGCCACCGUACGGCUAUCCGCAGCCGCCCCAGCAGCAGCCACAGUACCAGCAGCCGCCGCCUCAGUACCAGCAGCAGCAGCAGCCGCCACCAAUGCAGUACCAGCAGCAGCAGCAGCAGCAGCAGCCACCCGGCCAGUCGUAUGGCUACGCGCAGCCGCCCAGCGGCUACGGCUACCACCAGGGCUACUGA